AUGUAUGCCAUUACUACUAGAAGUGGGAAGAUCCUUGAGAGUGAUCUAAAUGUUGAGAAGAGUCCCGAUGUGAGGAUAGGACUUGAGGUUGAGGAUGAGUCAUCAAGAGAGAAUGAGAUUCUAGAGGGAAGUGCCGGAAAGAAUGAGAGGGGUGAGAAAGAGAAAGAGAAGGAACCCGAAAAGGAGAGCACCAAAGAUCAAACAUCUUUACCCCUUAAUCUCCAACCUAGGAAUGUGAGGUUACCUUUUCCCCAAAGAUUUGCUAGGUCUAGGCUUGAUGUCCAAUUCGGAAAAUUUUUAGAUGUAGUAAAGAGCUUGCAUGUCUCUAUACCCUUUGUGGAUGCUAUGAAAGAGAUGCCACACUACUCUAAAUUCCUAAAAGACCUCUUGAAUGGAAGGAGAGAAGUUGAAACCGUUAGCUUAACCGCAAAUUGUAGUGCUAUUCUCUCUAGUAAGCUACCAACUAAAUUGCAAGAUCCCGGUAGUUUUUCCAUCCCUUGUUCUAUCAAUGAGGUUCAUUUGGGGAAAGCUUUGUGUGACCUAGGUGCUAGUGUGAGUUUAAUGCCUUUCUCGGUCUACCAAAAGCUUAAUGUGGGAAACCUUUCACCUACAAACAUCACCCUCCAACUAGCGGAUAGGUCCACAAAAUUGCCUAUAGGGAAAGUAGAGGACAUACCCCUUAGAGUUGGUAAGUUCACUUUUCCGGUGGACUUUUAUAUUCUUGAGAUGGAUGAAGAUGAAAGAAUUCCUAUAAUCUUGGGUAGGCCAUUCCUAGCUACUUCUAAAGCAAUUAUUGAUGUCAAAGAAGGCAAGAUGACCUUGAAGGUUGACAAUGAUUCUAUCGAAUUUGAUUUGAAUAAGGUGAUGAGACAACCUUCCUCUAGCAAUGAAUGCUUUAGAAUAGAUACAAUUGAAAAACUUGAUGAAUGA